AUGGAUCCUGAAAAGUCCGCCCGUGACGAGGUGGUCGGCGAGCAACAACCGGAUGCCCGGACUCGCAAGGAACCACGCCUGGAUCCGCAUGGGCUGCCACUCGUGCCCCAGCCGACGGAGCAUCACGAUGACCCAUUGAACUGGCACCCGGCCUUGAAGCUGAGUGUCGCGCUCCAGGUCAGUUGGCUGGCCCUGCUGGGCCCCUUUUCGUCCGCGGUCGCCAACCCGGCGUUCGUGCUGAUGGCGGAGGCCUUCCACCAGGGCGUUGUGGAGACCAGUUAUGAGCUGACGCUGUAUCUCGUCUUUGCCGGCGUUGGCCCGCUGUUGAUUGUGCCUUUGGCCCGGCAAUAUGGACGUCGGCCCGUCUACCUGGCGGGCAACCUGCUCGCGGCCGUCACCAACAUCGCUGCCGGCUACUGUAAAACAUGGUCCGGCAUCAUGGUGACACGGGUCUUCAACGGGCUGGGCGGCGGCUCCGUCAUGGCCAUGGGGGCGGCGGUCAUCUGUGACCUGUUCUUCCAGCAUCAGCGUGGUGUCUACAUGGGCAUCUACACGCUGUGUCUGACCAGCGGUGCUCAUUUUGCUCCCUUGGUCGGAGGCUUUGUGGCCAACUCCCUCGGGUGGCGCGCCUGCUUCUACAUUCCAGGCUAUAUCCAGCUGGGCACCUUCGUUCUCUCCGUGUUCUGUCUGCCCGAGACGCUUUACUCCGAGAGCCGUGACGAGCCGUAUCAGGAGCAAUCCUAUGCUCAGAACAUCUCGUUCACCCGCAGUCGUGUUCCCGCUCGCCGCCCGCGCCUUAAGGACUUCGUCCGGCCGUUUGAGAUGCUACGGCUGCUGCCGAUCCUAUUGCCUGCGCUCUUGUACAUGACUUGCUUCGGCUACGGCACCGUUCUCUUUGCCCUGACGGGAGCCCAGCUGUUCACCACGAUCUACAGUUUCACCACGCCGCAGACUGGCCUGAUGCUGAGCAUUCCCCUUCUGAUCGGUGGCCUAAUCGGUGAGCUCAGCGCGGGGUGGGUGACGGAUUGGCUGUCCAACCGACAUGCCCAGAAGAACAACGGCGAGCGCCUUCCCGAGGCACGGCUGACGGCCAUCUGGGGAGCCCUGCUGGUUCCAGUGGGCAUCAUCAUCGAGGGCGUGUGCCUGUCGCACCCGGAGACGGCGCACUGGGUGGGCAGCGCCUUCGGCAUGGGUAUCGCCAACAUGGGCCUUCAGAUCACGACGACGACGAUCUAUGCCUAUGCGACCGAUUGCUACAAACCGCAAAGUGUGGAGAUUUCCACCAUCUUCAACGCCUUCCGACAGAUCUUCUCUUGCCUGAUCUCUUUCUACGCACUCCCCUUUGGCGAACGUAUUGGCAUCCAGUAUGCCUGGCUGACCUUGGCCCUGAUUGUGGUGGUGCUGCUGGUGCCGGUGGUGAUGCUGAAGGUGUACGGCUCGCGCUGGAGGAGUCUACCAUCGCAGACGCCGCCGAAGCAAGCGGAGGAUCAUCGGUAG